UUGGAGAUUAAGCAAAAUAUGGACCAAUGGAAGACUGUGUACCUGUACAUGAUUCUUGUUACUGUCACCUGUACAUGUGUGGUGACACCAGGGACACAGGGUCAGGAACUACAGUACAGACACCUGCUCCCACGUCCCUGGUACUACAGGCACAACUUUGAGGAAGCCAUGCAGAUGACACCACACUUUAUCAUGUUUUUCACACCAGAAUGUGAGCAGUGUAAGGCCAUGAUGCUAAACUUUGAUGAGGUCGCAGACAAGUACAACACAAUGAAAACACCUCAAGUUAUACUGGCUAAGGUUGACUGUGUUGAGUACAAUGUGCUGUGUAAGAAGUAUGGCGUGGACGGAUUCCCAACUCUUAUACUCUUUAGGGAUGGAAAAGAAACUAAAGUGGUGACCCUGACCAAAGACAAUUUCCACUCUGAGAUCAGGAAGGGGAUGACUUUUGUUCAGUUCUACGCUCCUUGGUGUGACCACUGCAGGACGUUACUCCCUGCCUGGGACGCGCUGUCCUUCAAGUUUCCCAACCGUCCUCACAUCAAGAUUGCCAAGAUGGACUGUACAGCACAGGGGAACAGCAAGACUUGUCAGGACCAGAAGAUAGCGGACUACCCCACACUCAUCCUGUUUAAGAAUGGGAGGCACAUAGGGGAGUUCGGCGGGGACGAGACUUUUGAAUGGACGGUGGAAUCCAUGCACAACUUCGUAGCAACAAGUCUACAUAUUCAUGAUGACUUGUGAAGCAUAGACGGGUGUUGCAGGAAUCA